CAUCUUCUCUUCAAUACUGAUAGUAUAGACUGACAGGAGACAGUGGAAUACAGUAACCCAGCCAUGUUGGAAUACAGUAACCCAGCCAUGUUAGAAUACAGUAACCCCGCCAUGUUAGAAUACAGUAACCCCGCCAUGUUUGAAUACAGUAACCCCGCCAUGUUGGAAUACAGUAACCCAGCCAUGUUAGAAUACAGUAACCCCGCCAUGUUAGAAUACAGUAACCCCGCCAUGUUGGAAUACAGUAACCCCGCCAUGUUAGAAUACAGUAACCCCGCCAUGUUAGAAUACAGUAACCCAGCCAUGUUGGAAUACAGUAACCCCGCCAUGUUGGAAUACAGUAACCCCGCCAUGUUAGAAUACAGUAACCCCGCCAUGUUAGAAUACAGUAACCCCGCCAUGUUGGAAUACAGUAACCCCGCCAUGUUGGAAUACAGUAACCCCGCCAUGUUAGAAUACAGUAACCCAGCCAUGUUAGAAUACAGUAACCCCGCCAUGUUAGAAUACAGUAACCCAGCCAUGUUGGAAUACAGUAACCCAGCCAUGUUAGAAUACAGUAACCCCGCCAUGUUAGAAUACAGUAACCCCGCCAUGUUAGAAUACAGUAACCCCGCCAUGUUAGAAUACAGUAACCCCGCCAUGUUGGAAUACAGUAACCCCGCCAUGUUGGAAUACAGUAACCCCGCCAUGUUAGAAUACAGUAACCCAGCCAUGUUGGAAUACAGUAACCCCGCCAUGUUAGAAUACAGUAACCCAGCCAUGUUGGAAUACAGUAACCCCGCCAUGUUGGAAUACAGUAACCCCGCCAUGUUAGAAUACAGUAACCCAGCCAUGUUGGAAUACAGUAACCCAGCCAUGUUGGAAUACAGUAACCCAGCCAUGUUAUAAUGUAGAUGUGCCAUAGUCUAAUAAUGUGCCAGUCUCCUCAUAGUCUGUUUACCAUAGACCUACACACUCAUAGUCUGUGUUUGCCAUAGACCUACACACUCAUAGUCUGUGUUUGCCAUAGACCUACACACUCGUAGUCUGUGUUUACCACAGACCUACACACUCAUAGUCUGUUUACCACAGACCUACACACUCGUAGUCUGUUUACCACAGACCUACACACUCAUAGUCUGUGUUUACCAUAGACCUACACACUCAUAGUUUGUGUUUGCCAUAGACCUACACACUCGUAGUCUGUGUUUGCCAUAGACCUACACACUCGUAGUCUGUGUUUGCCAUAGACCUACACACUCAUAGUCUGUUUACCACAGACCUACACACUCGUAGUCACUUUAAACAAGCCCGUUUAAAGCAUUUUACCUUUUGCCAAUCCAUUAAUUUAAGAUGGUCUAACACAGUAACACAGGAAGUUGUCAUUGAUAGAAGAUAAUGCAGUCACACAUGUCACGAUGCUAAUAAACUCCUUUAUAACAACGGCAGGAGAGUGACCACUGAUAAACUACCACAGAUACUUCCAGGUUACUAUUUGUUUCUAUUACAGUCGCCAACAGUGAGAUUAAACACAUUUUGAGAUUUCCUGAAACAGGUUUAUUUUUAA